AAUUUACAAUCAAAAUGGCAAAUAAGAUUGAUUCUGUGUCAAACCAGAUCAGAGAAGAGAAUUUGGAAGAUGCCCAAACUUUAUCUGCGCUGUUUGAUGAAGGUUUGGAACUCUACAAUCAAAUAGGAAAUAAUCAAAAACCUUCCAACAGUCCAGAAUUCCAAAUGGAUGUGAAGAAGGCCAUAAAUAUAUUUGAAAGAUCUACGAGAUUAGUAUCAAUAACAGAUUUGUUCAGUUCAAAUGAAGGUAUUGAAGAAAUUGCAACAAAUGAUCUGAAGUACUUUUUGUUACCAGCAUUAUUAGGAUCAUUAACAAUGAGAAUUACUUCUGGGGACCGAAAACAGAUAGUCUUCUGUUCAGAGAUUUAUUUCAAAGAUUUUCUAAAACGAACUAAUGACUAUGGUUUGAGUAAUUAUGCUUUUCACAGUCAAGAUCCUGAUACAAGUAAAUCGAAUACCCCAAAAACUGAACUUGAAAUUAUAACAACUUCAGUAAAUGUUCGUGCAAAUAAAAUCCAGAGAUUUAAUGAACAAAAGGAACUGAAAGCAAAACUGGAAAAUUUGAAGAAAAAUAUGAAUAAUGAAAAUAUUGAUGAUGAAGUAAAACGAAAUUUCUAUUUAACUUUAAUUAAAUUGUUUAUACAUGAGGCUACAGAUGAACUAGACAGUAUUGAAAUGGAGAAACCAAUCCUGGAACAUAUGGCUAAUUUGAAGGAUGAAGGCUCUUCAAAACCUUUAAAGAGACCACCAGCUCCACUAAUGCCCACAAUUAUUCUCACCAGGGAUCAAGUUCAAAAAGCUGUUUAUGGGGCUGGUUAUCCUUCCUUGCCAACUUAUACUGUUCAGGAAUUUUAUGAUAAAAGAGUUGCAGAUGGUAUUUUCCCUGAUCCCAACAAAAAGAAGUCACCUGAAAACAUGAGUCUACAAGAAAAAGCUCUGGCAGGGCUCUCUAUCACUGAUGAAGAUAAAGAACAGACUCAAGAAGAGAAAUUAGUUGAAGAUGAUGAUGAUGAAAACUUGGCAAGAAUGAGGGCAAGAGAUGAAUUCAAGGAUGAUCAUAGAAGGGGAUGGGGAAACAGAAUGAAUAGGAGUUAGAUCCUAUAAUUUAUUAAAUAUGUACUUGUAGAACUCUUACUAACAAAUACAUUGUUUUUCCAUAAAGAA